AUGGAUCCAAACCUAAAUGAAUUCAAUCUCGAAUACUUCCAACAAGAAUGGGAGUUAGAAGAUAAAAUGUUUGAUAGGCAACAAGAACUGCUUGAAGAGUUGCUUAGGAGAGAAGAACAACCGCGCAAGAGAAAGUCCAUAUAUAGAGAUCAUCAUGCAGCGCAUGAGAGGCUCAUGGCCGACUACUUUGCUGAAUCAUGCACAUACACUGAUGCCCAAUUUCGACUAAGGUAUCGAAUGAAUAGGCCUCUCUUUCUACGAAUUGUGGAUUCUAUGUCAAAUUUCGACGUUUACUUCACACAAUGUCGUAAUAAUGCGGGCAAGCUUGGUUUAACCCCUAUCCAAAAGUGUACUGCUGCCCUACGCAUGCUCGCAUAUGGAGUAGCAGCUGAUGCUUGUGAUGAGUACGUGAAGAUAGGAGAAUCUACUGUGGUUGAGUGUACUCAGAGGUUUUGCGAAGGGGUAAUAGCCUUGUUUCAAGAUGAAUACUUAAGACGACCCAAUGUGCAAGACUUGCAGAGGUUAAUCCAAGUUGGACAAGAGCGUGGUUUCCCAGGGAUGAUUGGAAGUAUCGAUUGCAUGCAUUGGCAGUGGAAAAAUUGUCCAAAGGCUUGGCAAGGGCAGUUUACUAGUGGACACAAGGGCACAGCAAUAGUUAUUCUCGAGGUAGUUGCGUCAUAUGAUUUGUGGAUAUGGCAUGUUUUUUUUGGGCUUCCUGGUAGUUUGAACGACAUAAAUGUACUAGAUAGGUCACCCGUUUUUUAUGACAUUGAGUCUGGUGAAGCUCCAAGGGUAAACUUCACUGUUAAUGGACGGCGGUACAAUAUUGCAUACUAUCUUGCUGACGGAAUCUACCCAAAAUGGCCUGUCUUCGUCCAGUCAAUUCAAAUGCCCCAGGGAUCCAAACAACAAUGUUUUGCCAAACAACAGGAGUCAUGCAGGAAGGACGUGGAGCGCGCAUUCGGGGUUCUCCAAGCACGGUUUGCUAUUGUCCGCCAACCAGCUCGAACGUGGAAGCCAUGUGUCAAGGCUUGA